AUGCAGGCGGUUCUGCAGCAGAUUCACCAGGCCAAUGUCAAGGCACUCUUGCUAAGUAGAAUUAACCUCUUCUUUAUUGUCUUUAAUUGUGCGGCGAUGCUUAUUCUCAUCGUGACGUGGUCGGUGUCGAUUAUGAAGGAGGGUGGCGGUGUGCUGGCGCGCUACGCGGCGGGCAUUAUCGCCUUUAUUCUCCUUGUGUUGGCCACGUUCCUCUCGGUGCUGGUCCACCGCCUGCAACCGCAGCUGCCGCUCUACUACGCCCACGAGGUCAUCUCGAUCCUCGCCCUCGUCCUCACCGCCAUCACAAUGGGCAUGAACGACGUGGUGGUGGACCUCUGCCACACGAAGCAGGCGCUGGCAAGCACGCAGUGCGGCUCCCACGUGGCCGAACUCGUGGCGGAAAUCAUGGCAAGUGUUGCAAUGGGAUUUAACUACGCCUCCACGCAGCAGCGCAUUAUAAACUUCAUUGACAAGGGCAUCCUUGACGGCAUUAAGGGGCGCUCGGGCGGCAUGACGCAGCUGCCGUAG